AUGUGCUAUGACUUCUACUGUGAUCUGUACCGUUGUGUUUCAGUUUCCCCUAUUAAUCAGGCAAUAUUCUCAGUUAGCGGUGAAAGUUCCUCUUUCGUUGUUGAUAUAGAAAAUCGGACAUGCACAUGUAGGAUGCUUCAAGUUGAUCAACUACCUUGUCUACAUGCUUUGGCUGUGUUUGCAACAUUCAAAAAUACAUACCAAGAAACCAUUUUUCCAGUAGGAAAUCCAGCUGAAUGGAUAGUGCCAAAUGAUGUCCAUGACAUAGUUGUAAUUGCACCUAAUCAAAAGCGAAGUUGUGAAAGGCUUACUGACAAGAGAUUCAGACCAGCGUACGAGGAAAACAUAACCGUCAAAUGCGAUCGAUGUGGUGAAAGUGGUCACAAUCAUAGAACAUGCAGCAGCUUAGUUCCGUUGAGUCAAAGCAACAAGAAUAAAGAGAGGAAGAGGAUGAAGACUGAAAAUACACAUUGA